AUGGCUGAUCCCCGCAUUAGCUGGUCCAGAUAUCUUGCUCAGCAAAACGAAAAUGAGCUAGAGUAUCUGCUCAAAAAAGGCACCUUCCGGCCGCUUCUCCUCUACCAUGUGAUUGUCUUCAACUGUCUCCCCUGGAUUGUCCUGGUCAUUCCUAAGAGCAGAGGUGGGCAAUAUAUUCGACCGUUGGUCUUUGCACUGAGCUUGGCAUUUGCAAUUGAGGUCAUUAGGAACCAGCGAGCUCUUCUCGGCGGAAAUGGAUACAUGAUUGGUAUGAUGGCGGCCUGGUUGCUAGUGUGGAGUGGCACAUUAUUCAUCUUCUCAGACGUUGAGCGCGACUUCCAACGCAUUGAGCGCGUGACUGCAUCUGAGAAACCCCGUUCAAUUGGGGACAGCUUGGAUGCACAAUCGAGCAACAACGGCACAGUAUCAGAGAAUGUCAUUGCAGACAAAGCACGGUUUCGCUGGCAGUCAUAUCCCUCGAAGUUGUCGCAUCGCAUUGAGUGGUGCGCCGGACUACUUUUCAACCUCCGUGGCCCGGAGUGGAACUGGCGUACUCCUCGUCUUGGUCGACUACCUCAAACAGUACACGCAGACCUGCAUUCUGGCUUCCUGGCAAACAGUAUCCCCGCAGAAGAUACUGGUGUCCAGAUUUCUGCAAGAAAAUGUGUUUCGAAAGCAUUUCGCGUGUUUGCCAUCUCAUAUCUGACACUUGAUGCUUUGAAAGUGGUCAUGAUUAGGGAUCCCUACUUCAGGAACACGGCCACAGACAAUAUUGCUCCUCCGUUUCCAUUAAGUUUCCUCGUAUUCAUACCUUGUGGUAUUCGCUUCUACCACUGCUUCCUGAGUUGUCUUGGGGUCUAUACCGCCCUUCAAUAUGUGACCUCGCUCAAUCCCAUAUGCUUCCUUGGGCUAUCCCUCGCAUUUCCCAAUGCGUCUCGCAAGCUAACGGCUGCUCCCCUAGACGCGCCAUGGCUGUACGCCGAUACCUUCGGGCCAUUUAUUUCAUCGGUCUUGGACGACGGCCUAGCGAGCGUUUGGGGAAGCUGGUGGCAUCAGCUCUUCAGACACGGGUUCACCUCUACAGCCCGGUGGCUUCUAUCAUUGCUCCCGGUUUCAUGGGGUACAAACCCGCGACUAAAACGAGUAACCUACAUCGUGGUUGCUUUUUCGUUGAGUGGCCUCGUGCAUGCUUGUGGCAGCUAUACACAGUUCACAGAGACUCGACCGCUUACUGGGCCAUUUUUGUUCUUCCUCUCACAAAGCAUGGCUAUCAUUGCAGAAUAUAUCUUUAAGACCGUGGUCUUCCCAAAGCUUCCUCUGGGUCAAACCCCACGUUGGUUGCGGCGUACCGCAAAUGGUCUUAUGGUGUUUAUUUGGUUACUAUUCUCUGGGCCUCUCAUCGCUGAUGACUUUGCCAGAGGCGGGCUGUGGUUGAUGGAGCCUGUGCCAAUUAGUCCCCUCCGCGGCCUCGGAUUAGCGAAUGGGCAGGGAUGGUGGUGCUGGGAAGGGGAAUGGUUUAAGUAUUGGAGUGAUGGAACUUAUUGGGGUAGCGGGAUACGAGUAAUUUGA